UGGUUUUCAGUACCUAUGAAAAAUCAUCUAAAAAGUUCAAAAUGAAAGCGUUCUCAACGAUAAAUUCAAUCAGAACAGCCGAGAAUCUACCCGGAAUGGAAUCGGGGGAAAACGUAUGAAAUAUCAGGCAUACAACAACGAAGUGCACACAUUUGCUACAAGGACUAACGAUAACGAUAGCAAAUAACUGGUUUUUUCUUACUUUUGAACUUCGAAUUUCGUGUUUACAAUUCGCGUUUUUAAUGCAUUUUUAAACACAAUUGUUCCCAUUCUAUUUUUAAUUAAAUUAUUUUAAUAUAUAGUAAUGAAUUGUACUUCAGAUUGAUUGUAUGAAAUUUCUUGUUGUCCAAGUUCGAUAUCCGUACGACAAUUGUGAUAAGUUUUAAUUGUUUAGUUGGAUCCUUAUAGUUACACCUCACACACACACACAUACACACAAGCAAGUGUAAAAGUUUAAACCAAAAAUAUCUAAGUGUAUAAGAAAUAGCUGUGAAAUUCUCAUGCAACAAUUAUUUGUCUGUGUCGAAUUGUAUAUUGAUGUUAUAGCUGUAAUACUAACCUCGUUGAAAGCAACUGAAAUCAAAGAUCUUAAAUUUUAAUUAAACGUGAAUUCACAAACAUAUAUAACAUAAUCAAAAAAUAUAUUUAAAACAAAUUUAAGUUUAAAAUAAACACUAACCUUUGGCUGAACUCUAAUUACUGCGAAUAACUCCAUUCCAAGAAACAGUAUUUCGUGUAGUGGAUCUCAAAACUGGAUACAAGUUUACCACUCACAAAACCAACACUCUUAACUCAAGUGCUAACACAUUAUUUUAACUUAUUUUUUAAUCAUUAAAUUCGCUCUCUAUUUUUGGUAGCAAAGUAAAAAAAAAAAAAACAUCUCAAUAAUGUUCUUACUCAAGCGCAAAUGCGCGCUGAUCUUCAGCGUAUACUCCAUGUCACUGCUACUCGUUUGUCUUUUGAAGCAGCCAUCCACAGUUGACGCUUGCUCUAGUCGUUCCAUACCGAAACCACGCACUCUAUCCUCGGCAGCUUCUUCGAUCUCGCCACAAAAGUCAACAACAUCCGCACCGACCACUACAACUACUACUACUACUACAACAACGGAGCCCACAACGACUACCACAACCACACCACGACCAAACAUCACUUUCCCUACCUACAAGUGUCCAAUAAACUACGAUGCUUGGUACUGUCUAAACGAUGCCACGUGCUUCUCAGUAAAGCUGGGCGAUUCGGUGAUGUAUAACUGCGAAUGCGCUAAUGGAUUUAUGGGACCUCGUUGUGAGUACAAGGAAUACGAUGGCUCGUUCUUGCCGAAACGUCCACGUCCAAUGCUGGAGGAGGCCAGUAUCGCAAGUGGCGCUAUCUGCGCGCUACUCUUUGUCCUCUUCAUAUGUUUGACUUUGUAUUUGCGUUACGAGCAGCGUGCCAAAGUUGCCGCACUAGGCGGUGAUGGGUAUGAAAUUGCUGACGGUGUUGAAGACGAUGACGAGGAGGGUGAAAAUACAUAUUUUACAACCAAAGCAUGUCGUUACUGCAAUGAGAAACAAUGUUGCGGCGCAGAAAUACGAGUUGGUGGCGGCGGUGGAGGUAUUGGUAUGCUACGUGGGCGUGUCCACGGAGCUGCUGAGGGUAGCGGUGGUGGCGCGCCAACACUCCGUCGUUACAUUGAAGCGUUUUCUAUGUCGUUUGCUAUAAAACGCACCACAAAAUUGUAAAAUGAAAUGCGUGCAGAGAAAGAAAAAUAUAAAGGAUAGAGUGAUGCAAAUUGUGUUGUAUUUGCAAAAAAAAAAAAACAAAAAAAAAAUGUAGUAUUUACGACCAAUAAAUAAACUUGCAAGGCGACAGAAAGCUAAAAAUUAAAAAAGCUAACAGUUCAUUUCUACCACGUCUUAAGUGCGGUUUACGCCGAUUAGAGAAAGGAGAUUACAACUGUAAGGUGAUAAUUGCUCAUAUUAAGUACAAGCGAGCGAAAGUAAAA